AUGAGUUUACCUUUACUUUAGGUAGUUUGACCUUUCUUUAAAAUCUUAACUUGUGCACUUGUAUAAGUUAUACUUUGAGUAAAACAUUUAAAGUAUAAAUUACAAAAUGGCAUCCACGAAAUUCACAACAGUCGUGAGGUCGUUAAGCUCAACCUCAUCCCAAGGAAUGGUCAAACCCCCAAUCAAAGUAUUUGGUAUUGAAGGGCGUUAUGCCACUGCUUUGUUUUCUGCCGGUACCAAACAGAAUCAAUUGGAAUCGAUUGAAAAGGAUUUAAUCAAAUUUCAGACUGCAUUGAAAUCAGAUAAAGUCCUUAAGGAAUUUGUUGAUAACCCAAUUAACAAAAGGUCAUUAAAGGCUAGCACUUUACAAUUGGCUGCAAAGAAACUUGCUCUUUCACCUCCGUCAUCCAAUUUUUUGAGUAUGUUGGCUGAAAAUGGAAGAUUACAAAAAUUAAAUUCAAUCAUUAACAGUUUCAAAAUUAUCAUGGCUGCACACCGAGGAGACCUGCCAUGUGUUGUAACAACUGCUAAGCCUUUGGAUUCAGCUGAACAACAAGAACUUAAAAAGACAUUGCAAGCAUUUUCGAAAAAAGGAGAGACAAUUAAGUUAGAAUUAAAAGUUGAUCCUUCACUUAUUGGUGGAAUGAUAGUCAGCAUUGGUGACAAAUAUGUCGAUAUGAGUGUUGCUACAAAAAUUAAGAAAUAUACCGAAAUCAUCCAGAAUGCUGUUUAAGUUUAAAUACAAUAUUUAGUCAGAUUAAAAAAUGGAAUAUUUUAGUGUGUAAUAAUUAUUAUAAAACAACUAUGUAAA